CACCAUUUUCCGGUCAUCAUUAUGCACGUGGAAAACAUGCAUCCCAUACAAAGUGUGAGCGACUUUUGUCGUAGACACAAUAAUGCUUUCUUGACGGGCAAACAAUCGGGUCAAAGUUCAACUGUUAUGAAAACCUCCAAAACUUGCUGGCUCGUUACGUUUGUGAUUCUGUCACGGUCUAAUAGUCCAGCUUGAAGGUUCUGUCGUAUGUGCUGUAGUCACGGACAGGGAAGGUCAGCUCUCAGUUUGCGAAGGAAAUUCGGAUUCGAGAGGUAGAUCCAGUCUGAGUCUACUGCCAAACAGUGAAUAUGGACGCUGUAAGAGACCUUCUGGUGACCCGAGUGGGGCAAGUCGGAGCUGGGGCUCUCGCUGUGGCGGGCACCGUAGCAGCCUCAUAUCUUCUAAAGGGAGGACCGAAACCCAUCCCGCUUGUCAUCGACCCUCACAAUCAGACUAUAGAUCUUGGGGGUGGGGUGCGAGCGUCUUCAAAGAUGAGUGACUUCAAGGAGAAGAAGCCAAUGGAACGUAUUUCUGACGAAGCGGACACACUGUACACGAUCUUCCUCUGUGGUCUCAAGAAGUCACGUCACAGAAAGUGUCUCGGCAAAAGAACAGGACCUAACAAUGAAUAUGAAUACCUGACAUAUCAGCAGGUAUACGACAGAGCACGUGCCUUCGCCUCCGGGUUGAUACAGCUGGGUCUGAAGCCACACCCAGACACGUUUAUUGGUAUAUACAGCAUCAACAGAAUAGAGUGGGUGUUGGCAGAGCAAGCAUGCAAUGCCUACUCCAUGGUAACAGUUCCCCUGUACGACACACUAGGACCAACGGCUUGCCAGUACAUCAUUAACCUCUCGGAGAUGGCGACCGUAGUGUGUGACACGUCAACGCGGGUUGAGAGGCUCCUCGACAGCGCCGAGACGACACCGUCCCUCAAGACUAUCAUCAUCAUGGAUGACCCAACCAGUGACGUCAUCAAGCAGGCGGAGGCUCACGGGAUAAAGAUACUCUCAUUUGCUGAAGUCGAGGCACGCGGCAAAGAGAAACUGCAGAUUCCAGUGCCUCCCAAACCAUCAGACCUGGCGACAAUUUCCUUCACAAGUGGAACAACGGGAGACCCAAAAGGAGUGAUGUUGACACACGGCAACUUUGCUGCAGAGCUCGGUGGAUUUUUGUACGGAAUAAGGGAAAUUUUAGACUUUGGCCCCGAUGACUGCCAUCUGUCUUACCUCCCCUUGGCUCACCUGUUCGAGAGGACAAUGCAAAUGGUCAUGCUUCAUGGAGGCGGGUAUAUCGGCUUCUACUCAGGGGACGUAGCUCUGUUGAUAAACGACAUGCAGACUCUAAAACCUACGAUAUUUCCCACGGUACCCCGACUUCUCAACAAACUGAGAGACAAGGUGUACGCCAGUGUGAAGAACAGCACCAUCAAGUCCUGCCUGCUGCACUGGGCAGUGUCCAGCAAACUGAGCGAGGUCAGGAGAGGCAUAGCUCGCCGAGACAGUAUAUGGGACAAACUGGUCUUUGGCAAGAUCCAGGCUAUGCUUGGAGGACGGGUGGAGUUAAUGAUAACAGGAUCGGCUCCAAUACCCGUAGAAACUCUCGACUUCUUCAAGUGUGCCCUUGGCUGCAUGGUUGCUGAAGGUUACGGUCAAACCGAGGCUGUGUCAGGUGUCACUGGGCAAUUUCCGGGGGAUUAUACAACAGGUCACGUGGGGUCACCGUUCGUGUGUAACUUGGUCAAGUUGGUGGACGUACCGGACAUGAACUACCUGGCGUCAGAAAACAAAGGGGAGGUUUGUGUGUACGGUCCAAAUGUGUCGCAAGGGUACUACAAGAAUCCCGAGAAGACGGCAGAGGUGAUCGACAAGGAUGGAUGGCUACAUACGGGCGAUAUUGGCGAGUGGCUUCCGAACGGCGCUUUGAAGCUGAUCGACAGGAAGAAGCAUAUAUUUAAAUUGGCACAGGGGGAGUACGUGGCCCCGGAGAAGAUUGAGGCCACCUAUGUUCGGAGCGAGUUCGUGGCCCAGGUCUUCAUAGAUGGUGACAGCCUAAAGAUGAGCUGCAUGGGCAUUGUCGUUCCGGACGCCGAGGUAAUGGCUCUUUGGGCACCAAACAAUGGCUUCCCAGUCGACAUGGAACUGCUUUGUAAAUCUGAGCAAGUGAAAGAUAUCAUCCUCAAAGACAUGUUGGAUCAAGGGAAGAAGGCCGGAUUCAAAGGCUUCGAACAGGUGAAAGACAUCCGACUCCAAUCCGAACCCUUCUCAGUGGAUAACGGCCUCCUGACGCCAACGUUCAAGUCCAAGCGGCCUCAACUGAGGUUAAAGUACAAGUCUGUGAUGGAGGAGCUCUACAAGAAGAACAACAUGUGACACAACAGCAGCGCAUGCGCGUUGGCCAUACUACUAGAUAUACGACUAAUGUCGUUACUGCCUCGUGACAAGGCAAUAUAUAGUUGCUAACAAAGUAAUAAACUGAUCGAAAGACACAAGAUAACGGUGAAUGAUAGCAAAUGUGUGGUGGUCAUACCAUGUUUACCCCAAAGUAAUAGGUCAAAUUCAUGAGUUUCUCAACGAAGCAGCAGUUGAUAUUAUUCUGCCACUUUGAUAAUAUUUUCAGUCCCAAUGUUAAGGGGUCCAGGCUGUUAUUUACAUGUUCACCAUCGAAACAAUAGCUGCAAUAUUACUGCUAGUUUAAUGUUGCUAUGUGUUCCCUCAUCCAUUUCCAACAGUAUAUGUGAUAUAUCAGCUCGAAUUCCAUAUAUAUAUAUAUCUGAAGUUUAACACCAAAGUUUACCUGGCCAUACUGUGUGAUAUGUGUGUUUAUUUUGGACGCAAGAAGAGACGUUUAUAUAUAAACCAUGACAGCCUUUGGUCCCUUCGAACAACGUGUAGUUUGAAUAGAAGGUGUAUAACAAAGCAUACUAUAGUUACCGCAUUUAACCACAUCAUUGACGUCAUCAGAGACCCGUUGAGACAGAUUCAAUAUAGUGACAGCAUAUUUAUACAGCUCCCUACAGCGCUGUUGGCGUGGUACAACUGUUAUCCAUAUUGUAUCAGAUGUCACCGAUGGCGAGUCCCAAGUCAUUGAUCACUUCCUCUGGCAAGGCUUUGUGAUCAUGGACCACGACAUGCACUCUGCGUGAUUAGAUUUGUAUAUACCGCGCUUUCUCCAUCUACGCUCGAAGACAGAACUCGGUACAAUGUAUGCCGCCAUUAUAAUUAUUAUGAUAUUAUUUACAGAAUAAAAUAUAUGAAUGCAGCAGAGGGCUUGGGGGGUCCUGGCACAGGUCAGGCACAUCAUCAGCUCAGGGCCCGUGUCCCCUCUCCACGCAGCACAAAUAGCGAGUGACACUUCUCCCAGGAAGCGCAGUCUUGUUGCACCCACAUAGAACCUUUCUUAUACUCCCCAACACUGCAGUUUUCUCAUUACCCAGAGUGUCAGAAGGCCUGUGUCCCUGGCAGCAAAACUUGUAUAUCUCCCAAUGACCAAGAACAUUGGGGUGUAGCACAUCUUGGUAACUUGGGAUGCAAGCAUGACAUUUCGUCAGCAAGAUUCGCAUAUUUGCCAGAUUUUUCAAGAACCUUGUCAAUCACAUCUGGCCUUUCAACAGGUUGCCAAGACCUCUGACCCACCCACCCCCACCCCAGGUAACAAUAAUGACUGAUCUCCCUCUUUUGCUAUUAUCAUUAUUGUUAUUGUCCCCGUCUAUUAGUGAAGAAAAUAUAAAUCAUCACUGAUAAAAUGUGAUAAUGGUUUGUCUGCGUUAACAAAGACUCAAUACAAUACAACAUACACACAGAGACUCACCCCGUUAUCGCUGAAUCAUUGCCAGUUUCAUUUGAUGAAAGCAUAAUAAUUAUAUUAUUUUUAUUGACUAUUAAAACAGACCUUUUUCACGUUGAUAGUUUAAUGCGUUCAGUGGCCUGAACAUACUCAUGUGAUAGUGCAUUCUUACAAUGAAGAACAAAACGGCUUGCAGGCUAAAACCUGUUUAGAGAACAGUUCGCCCAUAUCUCUUCUGAAUGUUGCUGUGUUUAUCAAAGCGCCAAGGCUGGUAGUGGAGCCUAGCGGGUGAAGCGUUCGCUCGUCACACCGAAGUCCCGGGUUCGAUUCCCCACGUGUGCUCAGUGUGUGAAGUCCGUUUAUUUAGUCCAUUUCUAACAAUAUUCAGAGAAUCCAAUAUAUUUGAACUGUAAUAUAUUACCAAUAUUUUAAAACGAAUACCCAAAGUAUGUUUAGAGCUUACCUUCUUAGCAAUAGAGUUUAUUUAAUAUAUAACAUAUUGUUACAUUGUUAAAUAUGUCAGAUUAGCGCAAAGGAGAGUCCCAAUACAAUGUAUAUAUGGCCACGAUGAUUGGUGUGAGAGUGUGCAUUGAAUGUGUUUUGAAAAUAUGCCACGUCAGUGGUGGAAAUAGAACAAAUAUAUUUAAACGUUUGUAA